AAGAAUAGAAAAAAAAAGUAGUAAUCUUUGCAGAAUAGCGAUAGCCUCUGUUUCAGAAGGGACUCAUCUGCUCUGGAGCUAAGAAGAAGAAGAGGUGCUAGAAAAUGGACGAUUAUACCAGGGAGAUGAUGGACCUCAAAACCCUCGUCACUCGAACCCUCGAGAAGAAAGGCGUUCUCGCCAAGAUCCGAGCUGAACUUAGGGCAAAUGUCUUUGAGGCAAUUGAGGAGGAGGAUAGAGCAAUUGAAAAGGAUGAAGGCUUGCCACCAGCUCUAUUAGGCAGCUGCAAUGAUCGUGCUAAACAUCUUCAUAAUUCUCCAUCAGGAAGGCUACUAACUGCACUUGUAUGUGAAUAUUUGGAUUGGGCUCAAUUAAACCAUACAUUGAAAGUUUAUUUGCCAGAGUGUAAUUUGCAAAAGGAUUUCUGGAAAUCUGAGUUAAAAGAAUUUAGUAGCAAGAAUGGAUAUGAUCUUAACAUGAAUGGAGACAGUGGCCCGUUACUUUUGGAUGUUCUUGAAGGAUUCUUGAAGUAUGAGAAUUUAUCUCAAGCAAGGGGUGCUGGAGACAGUAGGAGACCUCCAUCUUCAUCAGUUGCCGGGGGCUUACCUCCAUUGGGAAGGCCAGUUCCUGUUUCUCAGGCAUCUAGUAAUAGACGAGCAGGGUCAUCUGUGUCUGGAUACAGGAAAGAUGAAUACAACUGGAGAUAUGAGAGCGACGCGGUUGCAGAAGAUGUAGUCCGUGCUUCAACUGCCUUGGAAAACCUUCAGUUGGAUAGAAAAGCUCGGAACCUUUCCACCUCUUGGCGGCAUGCAGGGAAUGGCGUUUCUGAGCAUAAUGACAGGGUAGAGUAGAGGUAGGUAGAAGGUAUUAUUAUUUCUAAAUGAUAAAAUGGUGGAUCUGUUCCCUUAUCCUGUGUUAUAUAAUAUGCUUUGUAAUGAACAUUGAUGAUAUGUAUCUUGUAUGAUUAAAACACUUCUGUAUUUUCUAAUUUUAAAUGGGCUUCCUUGACAUUAAA